GGGGUCUGGCUUGGUUGUCCCGGUGGAAGUUUGAGCGGUGGCGUGCGCAGGGCAGACAUGCAGCCAGGGGCCAGGUUAAGGAAACCACCCGUCCUGGUGCUUCAGAGGGCGCCCACGCGGACCUCAGAUGCUCCGCCUGCCUCAAAAGGCCGGGUCGCCGGGAACGAGGCCAGCAGGCGGCCAGGCUUGACCUUGACGGUUGGAGCAGCUAGCUUUUUCUGCUGCCCGGCAACGGCGCGCUCCCCGCGGGCCCGCGACUGCGCCUGCCCCUCCCUCCAGCGGAAUCGCCGGAGAUCCAGGCCGGGUUUUGCAGCCGAGCUGUUGGGUUGCGCGUGCUGAUUCCUCUUGAUAGCAGUCGGCUGCAGGAAAUCAUGGUGAUGAGCCAAGCGUGGACCGCGCUGUCUGGAGUCUCUGGGGUUGCCGUAGGCUGCUGCUUGUUGGCGGCGGCGGUGGUCCUGCGAUGGAGCGGGCGCCGGACGGCCCGAGGCGCGGCGGCCAGGGCGCGGCGGAGGCAGCGAGCCGGCCUGGAGACCAUGGACAAGGCGGUGCAGCGUUUCCGGCUGCAGAACCCUGACCUGGACUCAGAGGCCCUGCUGGCGCUUCCCCUGCCCCAACUGGUACAGAAGUUACACAGUGGAGAACUGGCCUCGGAGGCAGUGCUUUUCACCUACCUGGGAAAGGCCUGGGACGUGAACAAGGACACCAACUGUGUGACCUCCUAUCUGACUGACUGUGAGACUCAGCUGUCCCAGGCCCCACGGCAGGGCCUGCUCUAUGGCGUCCCUGUGAGCCUCAAGGAAUGCUUCGGCUACAAGGGCCAAGACUCCACGCUGGGCUUGAGUUUGAAUGAGGGAGUGCCAUCGGAGUGUGACUGUGUAAUAGUGCAAGUGCUGAAGUUGCAGGGGGCUGUGCCCUUUGUGCACACCAAUGUCCCCCAGUCCAUGUUAAGCUUUGACUGCAGUAACCCCCUCUUUGGCCAGACCACAAACCCAUGGAAGUCCUCCAAGAGCCCAGGUGGUUCCUCAGGGGGUGAGGGGGCUCUCAUUGCAUCUGGGGGCUCCCCUCUGGGUUUAGGCACUGAUAUUGGAGGCAGCAUCCGCUUCCCUUCUGCCUUCUGUGGCAUCUGUGGCCUCAAGCCUACCGGGAACCGGCUCAGCAAGAGUGGCCUGAAGGGCUGUGUCUAUGGACAGAUGGCAGUGCAGCUUUCUGUUGGCCCCAUGGCCCGCGAUGUGGAGAGCCUGGCUUUGUGCCUGAGAGCCCUUCUGUGUGAGGACCUGUUCCGUUUGGAUCCUACAGUGCCCCCCUUGCCCUUCAGAGAGGAAGUCUAUAAGAGCUCUAGACCUCUACGUGUGGGCUACUAUGAGACUGACAACUACACCAUGCCCAGCCCAGCCAUGAGGAGGGCUGUGCUAGAGACCAAGCAGAGUCUUGAAGCUGCUGGCCACACGCUGGUUCCCUUCUUGCCAAACAACAUACCCUACGCCCUGGAGGUCCUCUCCACAGGUGGGCUGUUCAGUGACGGUGGCUACACUUUCCUCCAGAACUUCAAAGGUGAUUUUGUGGAUCCCUGCUUGGGGGACCUGGUCUUAAUCCUGAAGCUCCCCAUGUGGUUUAAAAGACUGUUGUACUUCCUGGUGAAGCCUCUGUUCCCUCGGAUCGCCGCCUUCCUCAACAACAUGCAUCCACGGUCGGCCAGAAAGCUGUGGGAACUGCAUCAUGAGAUUGAGAUGUACCGCACAUCUGUGAUUGACCAGUGGAAAGCAAUGAACCUGGAUGUGCUGCUGACCCCAAUGCUGGGCCCUGCGAUGGAUUUGAAGGCGGCAGGCAGGGCCACAGGUGCCAUCAGCUACACUGUGCUCUACAACUGCUUAGACUUCCCUGCCGGGGUGGUGCCUGUCACCACUGUGACCUCUGAGGACGAUGCCCAGAUGGAACACUACAGAGGCUACUUUGGGGAUAUCUGGGACAAUAUACUGAAGAAGGCCAUGAAGAAGAGUGUAGGCCUACCUGUGGCUGUGCAGUGUGUGGCUCUGCCCUGGCAGGAAGAGCUGUGUUUGCGGUUCAUGCGGGAGGUGGAACAGCUGAUGAGCCCUGAGAAGCGGCCGUCCUAAGGGUCAUUCACCACCUGCCUAGCUCUGGAGGACCUGAGGCCCGUGUGCUCUGCACUG